GGAAGUGAAGUCACCGCGACGGUAGCGGCAGGGCUGUGCGAGUUAGCGCGAGUUAAAGCGAUUUUAUUUGAUUAAAGUUGACUUAUUAAAGUGAUUUAAUCAAUCACAGGUCAUUAAUCAGCUCAGGAGUGACGCGGAGUCAUCAGACGAUACAGAUUGAAAGCGUGAUCUGGAUGGACUCGAAUGCUGAUUAUUUAUCAUGUUCAGUGAAUGUGCAGUGACUCUGGUCUGACAGCGUUGGUCUUAAACGAACACAAUCCGGUCCGCAGCAGUCAUGUCUCUUCCGGAGGAAGCAGGGGAUCGUGGGAAGGAGCGGGAGUGCGGCGCACGGCCCAAAGUGCGUCAGAGCCGCUCCGAGGAGAGACGAGACGGAGGGAGGCAGAAGGGAGGGAGAGGGAAGAAGAAGAGCCACCUGUCACAUGACCUGACCUCGGAGCGGCCCUUGAGCGACGGCUUCGAGUACGGGGACCUUUUGAACGAUUCCAGCGAAUCCCUGCUCUCCGAACGGGUUUCUGCUGAGGACACGGAGAGCAAGGCGUCCGGAAGCAGCAGAACGCUCCGCCAGAAAAUCCAGGACGCAGUAGGCCAGUGUUUCCCCAUUAAAACCCACAGCCAAGUCCUGUCCCCCUCGCCGUCCUCCAGGCGUAAGAUCCACCUCAGCGAGCUCAUGCUGGACAGCUGUCCGUUCCCCGCUGGCUCGGACCUGGCACAGAAGUGGUACCUCAUCAAACAGCACACGGCUCCCAUCUCUCAAGCUCCGGUCCUAGACUCCGGACCCACGCUGGUCUGCGCCGCUGUGGAGGACGAGGACGACCGCUUACGAGAGAGACGCCGGAUUAGCAUCGAGCAGGGAGUCGAACCUCCACCCAACGCUCAGAUACACACCUUCGAAGUGACGGCACAAAUCAACCCGCUGUACAAGCUCGGACCCAAACUAGCUCCGGGGAUGAAUGAGUUAGCCGGAGACGAGCGCGCUACACUGCUCCUGCAGAGAUGUUUGGACACGCUCGAUGAAGUCGUUGCUUCCUCGUCAUCAGAUUUUGAUCUGUGCGCCGCAUCUCCACCUCUAGUUCAGCCGGACAGUCCUAAAUCACUCGACGGAUUCCAUCGCAUCCACACGCAGAUCGAUUACAUCCACUGUCUAGUCCCCGAUCUGCUCCGGAUCACUAACCUGCCGUGCUACUGGGGCGUCAUGGACCGAUACCAAGCCGAAACACUGCUGGAAGGCAAACCCGAAGGAACGUUCCUCCUGCGUGACUCUGCUCAGGAAGACUACCUGUUCUCGGUCAGCUUCCGGAGGUACGGACGCUCGCUGCACGCACGGAUCGAGCAGUGGAACCAUAACUUCAGCUUCGACGUGCACGACCCCAGUGUGUUCCACGCUCCCACCGUCACCGGUCUGCUGGAGCACUAUAAAGACCCCAACUCCUGCAUGUUCUUCGAGCCGUUGCUGUCGAACCCCAUCCACCGCUCGCAGCCCUUCAGCCUGCAGCGCAUCUGCCGCGCCGUCAUCAGCAGCAGAACCACGUACGACGGCAUCAACGCUCUGCCGCUGCCCAGCGCUCUGAAGGAGCACCUGAAGGAGUACCACUACAAGCAGCGCGUGCGCAUCCGCAGACUGGACACCUGGUGGGAGUGACCGCGGACCAGACCGGACAAGUGUGUCAGACGAUUAAUCACGAUUAAUCACAUGCAGAGUACUAGUUUUUGUUUGCAAAAUAUACAGUCAAUCCAAAAAUUAUUCAGACAAUAGAUGGUUUGGUUUGACUGUAUGUGUGUGUGCCA